AUGAAUACCAGCACUGUAAUAGAGUACAUGAAUCAGGUGAUACACAUUCGCCCAUGCAAGAAAAAGGGUGGGUGCCUUUCCUCGAAUGGCCUUCCUGCUGUGAGCCUCAUUCCCCUAAAUUCUGGAAAUGAGUGCAAACCGGCAAAAGACACGCCUUUCCCUGCCAUUGUCAUUGAGCGGCUUGCAAACAGCAGCUCGACUGUGCAGCUGAAUGAAGAGCUCUGUAUCCGACGGGUGUCAGAAGAUGGGAGCUCUGAACUUUCCUCUGCGGCGGAGGUCGAACCAGAUGUUCGGAUAUAUCCAGUGUCUGGAGAUGGACAAGAAGCAGCACCUCGAGACCCCAUCUUUGUUGUCAAUGGGCGUGCGGAAUCCCCGGUGAAUGAAGCAGCUCUUCAAAUUGACUGUGAAUCUGGAGAACCAGAAUUGACUUCAGUGACCCCAUUUGCAGUGUGUGAGACAAUUCUUGAGGAGGGUGAUACUGAGUCAUCUGAUGUGUCAACCUCCAAUGACCUUGGUGAAACGUCUUCCAAAGAUCCUCUGGGAAGCCCCAUUGUCAUUCGAACAGACACACUUUCUGUUGCUUCUGUGUUGUCACUUGAUGGGCCAGGAAUCAUGAGGAAGAAAAGAGAACCUCGGAAACGAGUUCAGGUUGUGAAUGGCCUCAAUUAUCAUCCCAAGAUCUGUGGGAAAGGGUUCAACCAACCAAGCAAUCUUAAGAUCCACCAACGUCAUCAUGCAGAGUCUCCUCACAUCUGUAAAUACUGCGGCAACUCCUAUUCCACUCUGAGUAUCCUACAGAAGCAUAUGGUGUCUGUUCAUGGGAAGCGAGAAACAUUCAUAGAAGAAGAUGAUGCUACUGUCACGUGUGAAUUAUGUGACCAGAGUUUUGAGUCUUUCGAUGUCUUCGAGGAGCACAUGCAUGAGAUUCAUGACGCUGCUGUUAGCAUUGUGGAAUUGAUAAGGGAUCUGAAUGAAGAGAUGUUCAUGCUCCCCGAUCCUUUGGAUAGGUACUGCCUGUAUGAAGAGGCAGAACAGAAACUUGGAAAGAAGAUGAGGGGGAACCUUGGAAGUAUGGAAGAAGGAGGAGGAGGAGGAAGGAAAGCAGUAUGUCACUUCUCCAGCAAUGAUGUUACUUAUUCUACUACCUCAGACAAUUCUCUCUUCACCAUUUCGGUGGAUCCCUCAUUGCUGGACUCCUCAAUGCCUGUUGUGAUACCAUUACCUGCAUCUGUGAGGGUUGAUCUUCCCAUGUGUGACAAGGGGGUGAACACAACAACAUGUAUUGAUGAAUUUGAGGAUGCCCCCAUUGUUGACCCAACUGCAGAAGAUUCACUGUGUCUGGUCUGUCAGCGCCCAACAGUGGAUCCUUCUCUCGCUAAUUACCCCAUUCCUGCUACUGCUCGACUGAGACCAUCUUUCUCAACUGUCAUGGAAAAGCUAGAGUGUAUCCUUGAGACGAAGGUGACUCUCCACAAACAAGAAUAUGCAAAGGAACGUAACUGCAUGUCGCAAACAUCUCAAAUAAUAAGUCCAGAGGAGGAUCAGAUUCCUCCUCAGUCACCUAAUGCUACCUCAGUCAUCAAUCUGGAAGAACCUCAGCCCAAAAUGAAAGAUGAUGUGCUUGACUUUGAGGAGAUGCCAGAGAAGUCUUCAAGGAGGGCAUCCUUGCGCAUCAAAGCAAAGCAGCGAAAAGAAAAGAAAUCAGGAGAGAGUGUUUCAAAGCCUUUAGAUACCAAUGAUAGUGUGACAGAAUUGCAGAAUGAUGAUGGUGAUCAUGACAGAGUCAACUCUAGUGUCAGUGAUAACUUGACCAAAGAUGAGGAGGAUGACAGCAUUGAAGCUGGGGAAAGGAAAUCAAACAAUGAAGACAGUCCUGGUCAAUGGUCACAGUCAAAGGAUCCUAGAGAGAGACGGAAGACACGGUGCCAUGAAAUUGUUUGUGACCAAUGCCAACGAUCAUUUGUGUAUCGAGCUGUCUAUCAAAAUCACAUCUGCAUGAAGCUAAAGGAUGGAGAGAAUUUUGAAUCUAAUUCAGGAGUGUUCUCAUGUCGUCUUUGUUCAAUGUCUUUCAAUCGUCAGGGUGAGCUAAGGAAGCAUUUUUCAAGUAACCAUCCAAAUGAGAAGCCAUUCAAAUGCCAUGCAUGCGACAAACUCUUCACCUUCCAUUGUGAUUAUUCCCGGCAUGAGCUCAUACACACACGUGCCAAUGCACAGAGGUGCAACAUCUGUCAACGUGUCUUCAGUGGGAGUUAUAACUUGGAUCUUCACAUGAAAAAAGCCCAUACAAAAAAUGGCAUCCUUGUCCCUCUCCCAAAGUGCCAGGAUUGUGAAAAAACAUUUAGUUCCCAACAGAGUUACCAGGCACAUUUGGAUUCAGACCAUGGUCGUGCAGCCACUCGUCUUCUUUGUUCAGAAUGUGGGCAGGGUUUCAGCAAACAGUGUGAACUUCGCCUGCAUGAGAUGAAACACAGGGGUUGCAACCUUCAGAAGCAUAUCAAGACACACACAGGAGACAAACCAUAUCUCUGCACUACCUGUGGGAAAAAAUUCAUCGACCAGUCUCACCUGCGGACUCACGAGCGGUUUCACCUGAACUUACGCCAGUUCAAAUGUCGUCACUGUGACAAGACGUUUGUGCUUCGUUCUAAUUGCCGUCGCCACGAACGGACUCACUUCAAGUGCAAGGUCUGUUGCAAGGAUUUUGCCUCGUCUGAGGAACUGAGUGAGCAUCGUCGAUCUGAGGCCCAUCAGACGACAAAGCAGCGGAAGACAGCAUCAGCACCAGGGAUCGUAUCUGUUAAAGAUAUCACGCUUCAUUCAACUACUUCAGCCACACUUAAUCCUGGCAACACAUCUGCAACCCUUUCUGUGAUUGGAGCUCAAGCUCUGCCCCAAUCGAUGGGUGAUGUGAUGAAUAUGGAACCUGGGUCUGACCUCCUGUAUUCACAUGCACAUGCAGCAGCCUCACUUAGCAACACUCAUCAUGUUGUUUCAUUGACAGAAGGCCAACAAAAUGUUCUCCUUGAGAGUAUGGACAUGAGUGAUUUAGUACAGGUGGAUGCCGAUGCAAAGAUGUCGGAAGAUUCUGCUGUUUCUAAUCAUGGAAACACGAGCUGUGAUGAGUUGACGAGCUUCAGUCACUCAUUAGCAUCACUGAGAUGUGCUUCCAAUGGGAAAAAAGUGAUGGAGAAUACAUGA